UUGGAUCUGCAACAGGGGAAGGAGCACCUGGGUGGGAGCUGCUCUAGGAGGAGCUUGUUUUCUCCAGGAACGGUGACUCCAAGGGGUGGAAGAUGCUGGAUAAGGCCACCCUGCUCCUGUUCCUACAUUUAGUCUCAUGCUCCAUCUCCUCCCCUCUCUACCCAGCUCUCAGGUACAGUCCAGGGCCAGUUGCUGGCAAGGCCAUGAGCUUCCAGCUGCAGCACAGCAGCUCCUUGCAGAGCCAAAACCCCUUGGCAGAGGAGCAGGAGGAAGAGGGUUUUUUAUCAGACCCCACUGAGAAAAGGAUGCAGCGCCACGCUGAUGCCAUAUUCACUGACAACUACAGGAAAUUCCUGGGGCAGAUUUCUGCCCGAAAAUUCCUCCAGACCAUCAUUGGCAAGAGGCUCGGAAGCAGCAAGAGCAGCCCAGGGGAAGGGGUGCAGGAGUUCCUGACCAGGCGCCAGUCCGACAGCAUCCUGAUGGACAGCCAGUACCAGCAGCAGAUGGUCCUGAGGGACUUCCUGGGAGCCAUCCUGCAGAACCAAAGGCCCCAGGACAUCGACAGCAGUGGGCUGGAAGGCUUUCCCAGCACCCUGGCUAAGCUCAUGUAAAUACUUCUCCCUUUUCCAUCUCCCCACAUUCUGAAUAAUUCAGAGCUCAUGGACCAAACUGUACAGUGAGCCCUUCACAGCACUGAAGACAAUCCCAGAUGUGAGCAGCUGGAAACUGAUGCAUACACUCCUCAGAUCUGAUCAAAGGAAUGCAGUGCUGAAGCACUACUUAAUUUACUCCAGCCUUUACAAUUUAACUCCCCUCUUGAAAUAUUGCUCCGUACUAAACCAGAAAAAACCCACUUCUGUGGUUUAACCUCAGGCUGCUUUACACAGAGACUAAAAACAAGUGAUACACUUGUAAUCCUGGGGAUAUUCGGUCUACUAAUUAAGGUUUCAAAUCACAAAGUGUGGCAAAAUUUCUGCCAAGUCAUCUUUCUGUUUGAGGACCUGAUUAAUAAAUAUGAGGCCACCAAAAGGCACCUUUAGGCAACUUAGUAAAUUGAUUAGAGCGUUCUCUAAAUUGAUGCUGAUGGCACAACCACACACAGCAAGGAUCAGGGUGAGGUGAGACAUGAAUCCACAGGUCUCCCAUUCACUGGAAACACUGCCCAGGGCUGCUGCUGCCUGGCUUCUGACACAGAGCCCUGGCAGCAGAAGGAACUCUAAAAUGCUCAGCUCCACUGCCUGCUCAGCCUUGAGGAGUUCAAGCUGAAGUUACAGCCCUGCCAGAGCUAAAGGAGAUCCCUGUGCAUCACACUGGGCUGGCACUGUUUCAACUCAAGCUCCUGUUGAGUGCCAGCCCCUGGCUCUGGACUCCACCGUGGCUGCAGUUCCUGUGAGUGUUUUAAAAGGAGUAAGUUAUUAUCCCAGUGACCUCAUACAGCUCCUUCCUCCCUCUCACCCCAGUCCCCCUGUUGUUUGUGUAAUAAUUAUGUCUUCAGAAAUGUAAACAGCACCAGGAUGGGGUCUGCUCUUCCAUCAGCAGCAGGAAAUAAGAGUCAUUCUAAAUAAACCUGUCCAACAGCAGGUCAAGAUG